AUGACAAACCUGAACGUGGAGAGCGGCUACUUCAACGACGAGCUGAAGGAGGAAGCCAACGAGGCGAAUUUCAUGUACACCAACAUCAGCAUGCUCAUAAGGGCGCACAGGAAAGACAGAAAUAAGCUGACCCUCCAAAAUAAAAAAUUAAACCUCAUCAAAAUAGUCGGCUUCGUAUUAGCCAUCGAGGAGAAAAAGGAAUUCAUAGUCUACACAGUUGACGAUUCCACGGGGUACAUCAAGGCAAAGCUCCUCUUAACAUAUUCCUACUCUGCAUGCAACGAUAAAAAUGAAGAUAUAAAAGUAGAUGACAUGGUGCAGAUCUUUGGCAUCUGCAAUACUGUGAGCAUUAAUGAAGACCUAACCAUUUCGAUAAGCUCAAUUAACAAGGUGAAUUCGCUCAACCACUUGUGCCACCACCACUUGCUGGUCUUCCAUAACUACUUAAAAUUUCUGGAGACUCAGAAGAAAAAUUUGGCGCUGGAGGACGAGCGGGCCAAAAACGAGGAGGACGAAAUUGCCCCCCACGUGCCGACCAACGAUAAUCCCUUCUUCAACUCGUUCUUUUACUGAGCUGGUGCAAAGCGUGUGCAGUUCGUGUGUAACGCUUGUGCGGCGCGUAUGAAGCCUUUUUGCCCCUUUACUAUGCAGACGAAGCGGCUGCACGUGAUGUUAUCUCCCCGCACCAGUCAACCCCCAUACGAUAUAUGCGCUUCCCCUGUGUAGGGCGUCCCUGUAGGCUGACUCACAGGUAUACAUGCCUAACCCCCCACCACCAUGCCAAUACCUGGCAAGCGCAAAUCUGCAUGUCACCACUUUUUUGCCAAACGAAGCAGUCUGUUAUGCCACCCCCUUCUUGCACACUGCAUGCACAUUUGUUCCCCUUUUUAAUUCGCGCACGAACAAAACAGUUCCCGUAUCAUAUGGCCCCAUGUAGGUGGCCACACUUUUGCUAGAAUGAAAAUGAUG